AUGAAGACUGCUCAGGUCCUCCAGAGGAUGUGGAGCCAGGCUGUUAAAAAGUUUGGGAGACUGAAAGGCCACGUGAGUCCCUCUGCAAGCUCUCCCUCUUUUCUUUCCCAGCCUUUCUUUGCGGGAAGUGGAGAGGAUACUCUGAGGACUGCCCCAGGCAUGGAAGAACUGAUAUGGGAACAGUACACUGUGACCCUACAAAAGGAUUCCAAAAGAGGAUUUGGAAUAGCAGUGUCCGGAGGCAGAGACAAUCCCCACUUUGAAAAUGGAGAAACAUCAAUCGUCAUUUCUGAUGUGCUCCCCGGGGGGCCCGCUGAUGGGCUGCUUCAAGAAAAUGACAGGGUGGUCAUGGUUAAUGGCACCCCCAUGGAGGAUGUGCUCCAUUCAUUUGCUGUUCAGCAGCUGAGAAAAAGUGGGAAGAUUGCCGCCAUUGUGGUCAAGAGGCCCCGGAAGGUCCAGCUGGCCCCACCCCAGGGCAGCCCGUCUGUCGGUGAGGAUGACCGCGCUUUUGAUGUGAUGGACGAGUUCGACGGCAGAAGUGCCCGCAGCGGGUACAGCGAGAGGAGCCGGCGCAGCAGCCACGGUGCGCGCAGCCGCAGCUGGGAGGACAGUCCGGAGAGGGGGCGGCCCCACGAGAGGGCACGGGGUCCAGAGCGCGAGCGCAGUCGUGGCCGCAGCCUGGAGCGGGGUUUGGACCACGACGACUAUGGGCGGGGCCGAGAGCGCAGCCGCGGCCGCAGCCUGGAGCGGGGUUUGGACCACGACGACUAUGGGCGGGCCCGGGAGCGCAGCCGCGGCCAGAGCACAGACCGGGCCUACGACCGAGCUUACGACCGAACCUACAGCCCGGAGGAGGAGUACGGCCGCAGGGCCCAGCCCGAUGCCCGAUACGCGGCGUCCCGGAGCCGCAGCCGCGAGCACUUGCACUCCUGCAGCCCCAGCCCUGAGCUGAGGGGGCGGCCGGACUCGGACAGGCCCAUCGGGGUUCUUCUGGUGAAAAGCAAAGCAAAUGAAGAGUAUGGUCUCCGGCUUGGGAGUCAGAUUUUCAUAAAGGAAAUGACCAGAACUGGUCUGGCAAAUAAAGAUGGCAACCUGCAUGAAGGAGAUAUAAUUCUCAAGAUAAAUGGAACUGUAACUGAGAACAUGUCUUUAACGGAUGCUCGAAAACUGAUAGAAAAGUCAAGAGGAAAACUCCAGCUAGUGGUGUUGAGAGACAGCAGGCAAACACUCAUCAACAUCCCGUCGUUAAAUGACAGCGACUCAGAAAUAGAAGAUAUCUCAGAAAUAGAGUCAAACCGAUCAUUUUCUCCAGAGGAGAGACGGCAGCAGUAUUCCGAUUAUGAUUAUCAUUCCUCAAAUGAAAAGCUGAAGGAAAGACCAAAUUCAAGAGAGGACAUGCAGAACAGAUGGUCCAGGAUGGGCGCCACACCCACUCCCUUUAAGUCCAUGGGGGACGCUGCAGCUGCACUUGGCACAGAGAACAGCAAGGAACCCAAAUACCAAGAGGAACCGCCAGCUCCUCAACCAAAAGCAGCCCCAAGAACCUUUCUCCGUCCUAGUCCUGAAGAUGAAGCAAUAUAUGGUCCCAAUACCAAAAUGGUGAGGUUUCAGAAGGGAGACAGUGUGGGCCUCCGGUUGGCUGGUGGCAAUGACGUUGGGAUAUUUGUGGCUGGCAUUCAAGAGGGGACCUCCGCAGAGCAAGAAGGCCUUCAAGAAGGGGACCAGAUUCUGAAGGUGAACACACAGGAUUUCAGAGGGCUGGUUCGGGAAGAUGCCGUUCUCUACCUGCUAGAAAUCCCUAAAGGUGAAAUGGUGACCAUAUUAGCUCAGAGCCGAGCUGAUGUGUAUAGAGACAUACUAGCUUGUGGCAGAGGGGAUUCGUUUUUUAUAAGAAGCCACUUUGAAUGUGAGAAGGAAACUCCACAGAGCCUGGCUUUCACCAGGGGGGAGGUCUUCCGAGUGGUAGAUACGCUGUACGAUGGCAAGCUGGGCCACUGGCUGGCCGUGAGGAUCGGAAAUGAGUUGGAGAAAGGCUUAAUCCCCAACAAAAGCAGAGCUGAACAGAUGGCCAGUGUUCAGAAUGCCCAGAGAGACAAUGCUGGGGACAGAGCAGAUUUCUGGAGAAUGCGUGGUCAGAGAUCUGGCGUGAAGAAAAACUUAAGGAAGAGUCGGGAAGAUCUAACAGCCGUUGUGUCAGUUAGCACCAAGUUCCCAGCCUAUGAGAGGGUUUUGCUGCGAGAAGCUGGUUUCAAGAGACCUGUGGUCUUAUUUGGUCCUAUAGCAGAUAUAGCACUGGAAAAGUUGGCAAAUGAGUUACCUGACCUGUUUCAAACUGCUAAAACGGAACCAAAAGAUGCAGGAUCCGAGAAAUCCAGUGGGGUGGUGCGGUUAAAUACAGUGAGGCAAAUCAUUGAACAGGAUAAGCAUGCACUCCUGGAUGUGACUCCUAAAGCUGUGGACCUGUUGAAUUACACUCAGUGGUUCCCGAUUGUGAUUUUUUUCAACCCAGACUCCAGACAAGGUGUCAAAACCAUGAGACAGAGGUUGAAUCCAACGUCCAACAAAAGUUCUCGGAAGUUAUAUGACCAAGCCAACAAGCUUAAAAAAACUUGUGCACAUCUUUUUACAGCUACAAUCAACCUAAAUUCAGCCAAUGAUAGCUGGUUUGGCAGCUUGAAGGACUCAAUUCAGCAUCAGCAAGGAGAAGCAGUUUGGGUGUCUGAAGGAAAGAUGGAAGGGAUGGAUGAUGACCCUGAAGACCGCAUGUCCUACUUAACUGCCAUGGGCGCGGACUAUCUGAGUUGCGACAGCCGCCUCAUCAGUGACUUUGAAGACACCGACGGUGAAGGAGGCGCCUACACUGACAAUGAGCUGGAUGAGCCAGCUGAGGAGCCACUGGUGUCUUCCAUCACCCGCUCCUCGGAGCCGGUGCAGCAUGAGGAGAGCAUAAGGAAACCCAGCCCAGAGCCACGAGCUCAGAUGAGGAGGGCUGCUAGCAGAGAUCAACUUAGGGACAGUAGCCCACCCCCAGCAUUCAAGCCAGAACCACCCAAGGCCAAAACCCAGAACAGAGAAGAAUCCUUUGACUUCUCCAGAUCCCAUGAAUAUAAGUCAAACCCCUCAGCUGUUGCUGGUAAUGAAAUUCCUGGGGCAUCUACCAAAGGUUAUCCUCCUCCUGUUGCAGCAAAACCUGCCUUAGGAAGGUCUAUACUGAAGCCCUCCACUCCUGUCCCUCCUCCAGAGAGUGAGGAGGUAGGAGAGGGCAGUGAGGAGCAAGAUGGCACUCCCAAGUCUGUCCUGGGCAAAGUAAAAAUAUUUGAGAAGAUGGAUCACAAGGCAAGAUUACAGAGAAUGCAAGAGCUCCAAGAAGCACAGAAUGCAAGGAUUGAAAUUGCUCAGAAGCAUCCUGAUAUCUAUGCAGUUCCAAUUAAAACACACAAGCCAGACCCUGGCCUGUCCCAGAAUACAAGUUCUAGGCCACCUGAACCCCAGAAAGGUCCUUCCAGACUCUACCAGGACCCCAGGGGAAGUUAUGGCAGUGACGUUGAGGAAGAAGAAUAUCGCCAGCAGCUGUCAGAACACUCAAAGCGCGGUUAUUACGGCCAGCCUUCCCGGUAUCGGGACACAGAAUUAUAG